AUGCAGGAAAAGUGUCUCGAAAUAGUUAAAAGCCGCACUCCGAAUUUAGAUAACAAUAAAUUAAUUGAAAUUUCUCAGAAAGAAGUUAAUGAAUAUAGUAAACGGUGUGAUGAAAGAAACAAAGAUAGACAAAAGAUUUUUACAAGCCCGGAUAAUCCUUUUAAUAAGGCGAUCAUACCAUUUCCACAAUUUUCAAGUUUGCAUCAUCCACGAGCUCAUCCAUUGACUACUCAAUUAGGAGGAGUACAGUAUGCCUUACCUCGCGUACCUCCUCCUGUUCCACAUGUUUUGGCUCAAAAUUUUUUGAAUUAUCAAAAGAAAUGUAAUCCUCACUACGCAAAAAAGCCACCACUUCCUGUCGGAAUACAAAAUCAACCAUUACUAAGUGCGCAAAAUCACCAACAACAAACACAACAUGAUAAAACAACCAUUCCUUUUCAUCAACAAAGUGGACAACUUCAGGCACACCCACAGCAUAUAUCUGGACAAAAGCAACAAAUACAGCAACAACAACAUGUUGUAGAAGACAAUACUUUCCAUCAAAAAAGUCUACAAAAUCAGCAUCAAGUACAACAUGCUAGAACAAACAUUCCUUACCCUCCAAUUGUUGGACAUGCUCAACAAUAUGUUGGAACAAACAAUCCUUUCAGUCAAACAUAUGGACAGAUUCAUCAACAACAACCACAAAACGUUGAAACAAACAUUCCUCCUUAUCCGAUAAGUGGGCAAAAUCAAAAACAAAUGCAUCAACAACAUGUUGAAACAAACAACCUGUCUCGGAUUGAACAACGUAAGCUAUCAUUAAUUUUAAAUGUAGUGGGUGUCCGACGAUUUAUUUUUUGGGUGACCCCGUUUAUUGAACAGUAA